AUGUUCCGAACAUCUCUAUGCUAUGUGCUCUUCAUCAGCCACAUCGCGGCCAGCCUUCUGACUGGAUGUCACGGCUUGGCAAAUGAUAAUGGCAACAAGAACAACGUCAUAUCAAAAGACAACCUUCCGCCACCUCCAAAUCGGCUUCAGCCAAACGAUCAACAAGCUAAAAUGUUAGAGAAAAUGGGAUACCGAUGGAACGGUCAAAAGUGGGCACGGGGUGAUGCUGAUUCCUAUUUACGACGAAAGGCCUCGGCUCGAUCCUCCAAUCGUUACAUUAACUUUGUGGAUGAAACCACCGGAUUGCCGGAUGCCACCUCUUCGGCUGUGUUUGCAGCCAAACGAAUGAACCAAGUUCUCUUGCAAGCACGUCAGAAAACAAUGACGUCCACAAAAGAAUCCUUGGCACGAGAUCGAGAUCUGAAGAAUUUGGUGCAAAAGAAAGCUGCACCAUUUGUCUUGUUCGCAUCAGAAGUACUACUUUUUGGAAUUCUGUCAAAGUCUGGCAACAUUGACUGGAAUCAUCAAGUGCAACUGUUGCGAGACAACCCUUUGGGUGUGGCUCCAUUGAGCUUCGCCAUUGGUCUAGCUGUAUCCUACAGUCGUGCCGUAUCCCGAAGCAUGUUGCCUGGCGUGGAAGAACCGUCUGGUUUGUUGAGUAGAGUGUUUUCCGACGUGAUUGCCGAAAAGGACCCUGUCGCACUACCAACUCCGAGUCAUGUUCGGUAUCCUAACCUAAAAUGGAGAAUAGGUGCCUUUCUGGGUGAAUCCUUGUCGGCAGUCAACGUUGCCUUGUUGCUUCAGGGCAUUGUGCAACCGAACCUUGCUAGAACCUUGAUUCAUCUUGACAAUUCUUCUGCCUUUUAUGAGGGUCCUCGAACAUUCGCAAUCAUCCUGGCGACCAUUCUUACCGCACUUCCUUCUUCGGUUUUCUCGAUCAAUUCCUCAUCGUCACCAUGGGAUGGCAUUCCAGCCGAAGUCGAAGCCCUAAAACUUUCCAAUGCCACCAUAAGGGCUUACUUCAACAUGCAACGACUCCCAGAAGAUGCUUCUGCCGACGAAUCCACCGAGUGCUUCUCCACCUUGGCCGAGAGUUGGAUUUCCAAAUACGACGGCGUCACGGAUGGAGCAGAAUGGAAGGUUCCCUUGUUGGCAUUUGCCGGAUCGCUAGCUUAUGCGACUGCCUGUACCACGAGCCAAAUUUUUGUCGACCAAGGUGACAACGUGCUGGCAGUGCCGAUCCUUGCCCGAAUCGUGGCGGCUGCCGAUACCUAUCUGAUACGGGACGAAGAGGAAUCGUGCCAAAUUAAAGUCCCACUGCCAACGCCGGCUACAACAGAUUAG